AUGAACAGGCCCGUUUCCACUUGCGCUUACGACCGCAUUCUGGUUGUAAUGGAUACGAAUCAGUGCCCACUUCCUCUUGGAAGACUGUUCUUCGCCUGUAUAAAAAAAUACAAACAAGGACUGGGGGAUGAGGAGCUCCUAACAAGAGACAGAUUGAAACGAGAAUCGACACCGAGUUCCUCACCGUUAGUCUUCCUUUUCAACAAGUCGAGGAGAAAAUUUGCUGAUGUUUUAGAUAUAGAUUUACCAGAAUUCCAAACUAAGAAAGUUGAUAUUAUGUUAAGUGAUGAAGAAACAACCGAUGAAGUCCCACACGUUAUAGUAAAGAUUAAGACUUCAGAUAAAGGCAACACAAGACCUGAAGAACCUUUUAUCAAUAUGACCAAGUACAUGAUCGAUGAUAGAGUAAAAAAGGGCAACAAAUACAAACCAGCUCAAAUAAUUUCGAGAGAAGCACCAAGAAAACCAGGUGUAAGGGUCUUGAACCUGACUAAAAGCAUGUUCGACUACAAUGCUCAGAAAAUUUAUCACACUGUUAACGGUAUACGCCUGCGUUUGAGUAAGGAGCACGACCAAAGGAUAAUAUUACAAAUGGUUCAGAAACAGGUGGAGAGGGGACUUAGAGAACUGAGGGCGAUCAAAGAAAAAUGCGACAAAGACUUUAUAGUGCUCAGUAAUCAAAGGAGAAUAGCCCUGGGAAAACUGGCAGGUCUCAGGGAAGUUAUGAAACAAAAGAAGGCAUUGGACGAAAACUUGUCAAGAUUACUCGAUAAUGCAGUAGCAUUCAAUGUUGAUAUUCGAUAUUGA